CUGAAAGGAUAGCCCUACUUAUGAAGAGAUGACGUGUAAUGGCUCAGAUAACUCUGGGGCUUGUGCCACUCCAGACACGGACCGUGACCAGGAAUGGGCACAGGAACAGUACCGACUAGGAACUUUUGUUGAAUUUCCACUUGGCUGUCCGGUUUCAGCAUCAGCACUAGCACGAGCUGGCUUUGUUUAUACUGGAGAAGGUGACAAAGUGAAGUGCUUCAGUUGCCAUAGAACUACUGAAGGAUGGGCAUCUGGGGAUUCUGCAGUUGAGAGACACAAAAAGCUUUCCCCAAAUUGCAAAUUUAUUACUGAAUCUACUUUUCUGGAAAAUAACAUACAUCCGCUCGCCCAGAACUACCAGCACAGAACUGAAAAGGGUUCCAGCGGUUCAUUUUUCAGCCCUCCCGUGACUCUGGAUGACCCAACUGAUGUGGAGGCAGAUUACCUUUUGAGAACUAGGCAGGUUGUGGAUAUGUCAGAUAAUUUUUAUCCUAAAAACCCUGCUAUGUGCAGCGAAGAGACAAGAUUAAAGUCUUUUCACAACUGGCCCCUCAAUGGCCAGUUGACACCAGAGGAAUUAGCUAAUGCUGGAUUCUAUUAUACAGGUAUUGAUGAUCAAGUGGCAUGCUUUUGUUGUGGUGGAAAAUUGAAAAAGUGGGAACCCAGUGACAGAGCUUGGUCAGAACACAAGAGGCAUUUUCCCAAAUGCUUUUUUGUCCUGGGCCGGGACGUUGGAAAUGUUCCAAGUGAAUCUGCUGAGCAUCCAAGGAAUCCAUCUAUGGCAAAAUAUGGAAGACGUUUACAAACAUUUUUAACUUGGAUAUAUCCUGUUGACAAGGAGCAACUUGCUGAAGCUGGGUUCUAUAGCAUAGGUAAUGGUGAUCAUGUUGUGUGUUUCCACUGUGGUGGAGGAUUGCAAGAAUGGAAGGAAAAUGAAGACCCAUGGGAUCAACACGCCAAAUGGUUUCCUGGGUGUGGAUUUCUGAGAAAGGAAAAGGGGCUAGAAUUUAUAAAUAAUGUUCACUUAAGAGAUGGAUGUAGGGCUUCAACAACAGAAGCUGCUGAAGGGACAAUACUUCCUAAAGGUGAUGUCUUACAGAAUCCUUUGGUACAAAGUGCCAUAAACAUGGGUUUCAGUUUGUCUGAGGUUAGGAACACCAUGGAAAAGAAAUUGCAGAUGUCUGGAGAAAGUCACAUAUCUGUUGGGGAUCUGGUAGCAGACUUAAGUGCUCAAAAAGAAAAUACAAGGGAAGAAGAACCAAAUGAAAUCUCAGUUGAGCAAGAUGAGCUUAUUCAGUUACAACACCUCUAUCUCAGUACUGAAGAGAAGUUAAGACGCUUGCAGGAAGAAAAGCUUUGUAAAAUUUGUAUGGCUAAAGACAUAUCAGUUGUCCUCAUUCCCUGUGGUCACCUAGUUGCCUGUAAGGAAUGUGCUGAAGCACUUAAUGAAUGCCCUCUGUGUCGUACAAAUAUUAUGAAAAGACAGGAAGUUUUUAUGUAUUAG